AUGUCAAUGAUCAACAAACCAUAAUAAGUGAUGAACAACAUCACAACCAAUACUCAAAACUUUGUCCAAGUGUUGUAAACAAUUUCAUCUUCUCUUUACACCAGAAACUCAUUGCUUUAUAAAGUCAGAGAAAUGAAAGGCAACCCACCAAAAGUUCUCUACUUUUACAAAGUAGAGAAAAGGAAAAAUCCAAACUGACCCUUUGGUCCAUGAUUCCAGCUUCCUGUUGUCUCCUCUUGGGGUCCCAUUCCAUGAGCAUGCUUGCUCUCCUUGAACCAAAAAACACCCUCUUCAUCAUCCAAUUCAGAAAGAGAAGAAAUUUCUAAAGAUACCUACCAAAUAAUUUCACCUAUAUCCAUUCUCCCCACUCUGUUUCACCACUUUUUUAGUGUCAAGGUUGCUAGCUAACAGAAUUAAAAUUCUCAAAAACCAUCCUGAAAUUUUCUUACCUCGAAAUAGUGUCCAAAAUGAACAAGAACUUCAUGAUCGUACUGGUUUUCUCUGUCACUUUCUGCCCAUUUGUUCACUCCUUGCAGGGCAAUGACUCCAUCUCCAUGGAUGCCUUUCUUCAAGAAACUGCUUUCAAGACCUUGGUUCGACGCAGGCCAUAUACGGGGGCUUUGUACCGUGCCAGCCUCCCAGCGAAUCUCUCUGGCAUGGAGGUCUCUGUCGUACGGCUUAGAAGCCGGAGGCUGUGGGACAAGGGAGCUAAUUUCAGUCACUUUGGCAUUCCAUCAAACACCUUACCGGUGCCCCACGUUAGAAGAUUGGUAAUAGUGUACCAAGACUUCGGGAACUGGUCUUCUUCCUACUUCAAAAUUCCAGGUUUUUCACUCCUAACUCCAGUCGUCGGAUUCAUGGUUUUCAACGCAACGUCAAACACAGAAGCCAAAAACAUCACAAAACUCAGCAUCACCACGUUGGAAAACCGCAUAGAAAUCCACUUCCCAAACCUGAAAUUACCCUUAGGAAAAUCGUCCAACACGUGGUGUGCAGAAUUUGAUGAAGAUGGUAUGUUCCAUCUCAUACCAAUGGGCUCUCUUGAAGUAUGUUACUCCAGAAAACAAGGGUAUUUUGCAGUGGUUUCAAAAUUGAAGAGGAAGAAGAAGACGUGGUAUUUGUGGGUGAUUGGGUUUGUUUUGGGCGUUGGUGUGAUGGUGGUGGCUGGUUAUGCAGCCAUGGUUACAAUCAGAGCUUUGAAGACGAAGAAGAUUCAGAUAAUGGAGAAACAAGCUGAUGGAGAUUUGGUUUUACAGAGUAGAUGGGUUGGUAACAGCAAAAUGCCAAGCGCAGCAGUAACAAGAACAAUGCCAGUUCUUGAGAAUUCAAGUUUUCCUUAGCCAUAUUUUCAUUCACUUUCUGACCCCUUCUCCCAAUAUUUGGCUUCUUCUUCUUCUUCUUCUUCUUUUUUUCCAUACAUGACUUUGAGAGUUGGAUUUACUUGUAAUGUAAUGUAACUUUGUUGCUGCUUUAGAAUUAGAAUUUAGCUUAGCCAUAUAUUAUGAUAUCUUGCUUUUGAACAUAAUGUUAUAAAAAUACCACAUCUAAGUUAUAUUUCAAAAUGUUUAUGAAUUCUUAUUAGGGAUAA